GAGAUCAGUUUCGAUGAAGUAUUUGAGUGAAUAAUUUCGUAUGUGAUCAUGUUUUUAUUGCGAUUGAUUUCUUUCAAUUUCCGAAAUGUGAAGAAGAAAUUUUCGCAUUUGAAAAGAAAACUUUCCAAAUAUAGACAUGACCUGAGUGGAAUUCUAUUUUUCAUUAUUCUCGCUAUAUUAUUUGUCGUAUUCCUUAAUUUGAAGAGUAUCAUUAUCGCUUUCAACGUUCAUAUCUAUGGAAAAGAAAGUAUAAAAAUCGAUUGGCAUGAUUGGCAACAAAUAGAGGAAGACGAAUUACGGGUUGGAAUUGGUGAGCAUGGUGAAGGAGAAUUUUUACGGUUUUAUCCAUCAUACACGAAGGAAAUCAACAAUACUCAUGGUUAUAAUGGAUAUUUAAGUGAUAAAAUUGCAUUGAAUCGCUCACUGAAAGAUUUGCGACCAAAAGAUUGCGUACACGAAAAGUAUUCAGCCAAUUUGGACAGCGUCAGUGUAAUUGUUAUAUUUCAUAAUGAGCAUUUGAGUACACUUCUUCGAACGUGUUACAGUGUUUGGAAUCGUACACCGGCCAAACUUCUGAACGAAAUUGUAUUGGUAGACGAUGCAAGUACAAUUGCAGAUUUGGGUAGUGAUUUAAAGGAAUACGUUGAAGGUUACAUGCCGAUCGUUAAAAUAGUUCGAUUGAAAGAGCGAAGUGGUUUGAUAAAAGCGCGAAUGGAGGGUGCCAAAGUGGCGAAGAGUGAACAUUUAGUAUUUCUUGAUUCACAUUGUGAAGUCUAUCACAAUUGGCUACCACCAUUACUGGAUGCAAUGAUCGGAGACUAUAGAACAGUUAUGCUACCGACCAUCGAUGUAAUUGCGCACGAUACAUAUGAGUAUCGUCGUCAGUUACAUAAAUACACUUAUGCCAGUCGAGCUGUGUUCGAUUGGAAUCUUAAAUAUAAAUUAAUACCAUUACUUCCAUCAGCGGCUUUAAAUAUAACCAAACCAUUUGCUACGCCUGUCAUGGCUGGCGGACUGUUUGUUAUUACGGCUUCGUUUUUCUGGGAGCUUGAAGGGUACGAUGAAGGAUUAAAUACAUAUGGAGGCGAACAGUUUGAGUUGAGCUUUAAAAUUUGGCAAUGCGGCGGAAGAAUGCUUGAGACGGCUUGUUCACGGGUUGGUCAUAUUUAUAGAUAUAGACCGAUAUCUGUAAAUUUGCACAUUAAGUACGAUUUUGUGUCUACAAAUUACAAGCGAGUUGCUGAAGUUUGGAUGGACGAAUACAAAGAGAUAUUGUAUAGUAGACAGCCAAACCUUUAUAAUGACCUCAACAUCGGCGAUAUUAGCAAACAGAAAGCGUUGCGAAAACGUUUACAAUGUAAACCAUUCAAAUGGUUUUUGACGAAUGUCGCAUUCGAUUUGAUUGAGACAUUCCCAGUGGAUGAACCAAGCUUUGCUUAUGGUGGCAUUAAAAAUUUAGGAACGAAUUUGUGUGCUGACACCAUGAGCAAAUCGACAGAUGCUCCACUUGGUUUGUACUAUUGUGCAGCAAAUAUCUCUUAUCCGCAGUUGACACAAACUUUUAGUUUGACAUUGAAUCAUGAGAUCCGUGUUCGGUUUGAGCCUCGCUGUUGGAUUAAAAAACAAACAAAUUCCGUUUGGAUUGUUUCAUGUUCGCGUGGACAGGAAAUGCGCUGGAUAUACGAUAUUAACCACAAAUGGAUAAUAAAUCAAGCUAAUGGUCACUGCUUAGACGUAGGUGCAAACAAUCAAGUAGUUUUGACUCAAUGCAAACAAAAUAAUCAGAACCAAAUGUGGGAAUUUGGAAAUUUAAAUCGCACUGCAACUUUUGUUUAAUUAGCUUUCUUCUUCAAUGUGAUUUCACUGAUUAUUUUCCGAUUAUAAUCAGCAAUUUAAUAACUUUCUGUUUUUAAUCAGUUCGAUGAAUUUAAUAAACUAAAUAAAAAAUAUUUAUUAAUCAAGCUUA